CUGUUCAGCUGUGGGCAUUACAAUAAAGAAAUUGAGAGGGGGGGCGAAAAUUAAAAAUAAGAAAAUCAUCAUGGCUACAUCAACGCUGCAGCUAGAAUUUUCACAAGCCAUGGCCGAUUUCAAGAAGAUGUUCCCCGACAUUGAUCGCGAAGUAAUUGAGGCUGUGCUGCGCGCUAAUCUGGGUGCCGUGGAUCAGACCAUCGACCAACUGCUUGCUAUGUCAACUGACAACCAGAACGAAAAACUGCGCAAUGAACUGGAUGCUAAUGUCUCACCACAACAGAGUCUCAUCAAUCUCAGCGAUACGGACAGAGAGCUGAGACGCAAUCAACUCAUCGAUACCACAGAUGGCACCAGCAGUGAACGCACCGAGGGCGCUGCUGCUGCUGCUGCUGCAGCAGCAUCCGCAUUGCUGAGCACUGCGAGCGCUUCGCCCAAUCAUCAUCACAAUACGGGCGCCUCGCCCAAGCAGCGUCCGUUGGGCGCUUCGAAUAAAAUCAACAGCGCUGGAAAUACGCCCACCAAGCGCAGUCAAACCGUUGCAUUGUCCAACAGCAACUCGUCUCGUCGCUGGAAUCCACCAAUAUUGGGUGCACUACCAGCGGGAUUUCUGCGCAUCGCACCCGUUGCCGGGCAACAGGACUUUGAGCUGCCCGACGAGCAGUUCGCUCUGAUGCUGCAGAACGAGGAGUUUAUGAAUCAGUUGCGAUGGAAUCAGGACUUUAUGAACGCUCUGGAAAAGGAGCAGAAUGGCAAGACCAAAGGCGAGGAUGAUGCACCGUUUCAAGAGCGGCUCAAGAAUAUGGGCAAAAUGUCGCGCAAGAAAUUCCUACAAAUGGCGCGCGUUUUCACCUGGCAGCGCAACAAGAAGGUGACCACCGCCAAGCAGAUUGACUCGCUGCCAUUGCGUGAGGAGCCCAGCGACGAUGAGGAUCAUCAUCAUCAUCAUCAGCACCAGCAUCAGCAGCAGCAGCAACAGCAACAACAACAGUCAUCAAAUCAUUCGCAGCAGCAGAGCCAGGUCCAACAACAAUCGCAGCAGCACCAGGGUCAAUUGCAGCUGCGCAAGUAGACGAUUGAUGUGUAGAAACCCAUUGUUUGUUAUCUUAUCCUUAUUCUUAUCUUAUAUUAUAUCUCAUUGGGCCAUAAGCGUACGUCAAGGUCAAGUGUUUACUUCAUGCAUAAGUAAACCCUAGCGCUAGUACUCGUAAUCUUCCCCGUAAUCAUGUAGUAAUCUCAAACCCGAAACUAAACAAAUCUCGCUACAAACGAUGCAUAUUAUAUACUUAUUAUGAUUCCUAGUUUUAAUUGUUUGUCUUAUAACCUAAAGUGCAAUUUUCCCCUACACACAAAAAAAAAACCCAGUGCAAUAUAUAUUUUACAAUUAUCAAAUAUAUUAGAUACUUAUUGUUUAAAUCAUAUAUAAAUUCAUUUUUUUCUUGUUUUCAAUUUUCGUUGUUGCCAAAUUAGCGUUAAUUAAGUUUUAUUGAUAAUUUGUAAAAGACAGCUCCUGUGGCUGUGUCACAAGGACAUCAAGUUGGACUGAUUCUCUAAAUGUGUUAAUUAAAAAUUGAAAGCAUCGCAGAAACUAAAAUGAAUACGUAUUUACAACUAGAGCACUUGCUAAAACUCAAAGCUAGUCAUUACAAAAAAAAAAAAACAACAAAAAAAACAACGCGAUUUAUGUACAGUAAUCAAGCUAAAUACCCACACAACUACUCCCCAUUUCUUCCCCCAACCGGAAUCCCAACCACUCGAAACUUUUUUUUUUAAUCAGCAUUAUACGAACAUAUAAUAAUCGCCUGCGCUUAGUUGGCUUCUACUCUCUCAUACUCCAUAAAAAGAAACGCAGAAAUAUAAAUAAAUGUCCAUAUCGAACUGUUGAUAUUACAGAUACCAUACAUAAUAUGGACAUAUAGCAUCCAUAGUUUUUUGUUGGCUAUGCUAAACAUAUGCAACUAUUUGAUUGUAAUUGUACUUGUAAUUGUAUUAUAAACCAUAUUUGAAAUACUAUUAUAUUCAUAUUCCAAGUAUCAAAUACAGCAAAAUAUUUGAAAAUUCCA